AUGCCGAAAGUCCCCUUCUCCACCGCAUCUCCCACCAAGGCCGAACCCUACCCAAAGGGCUCACCGAGCAAGCAGAAAGCAUCCCCUACGACCAAGGACGACCUUCCCGAAAAGUCCUCUCCCUCGAAGAAAGGGAUCACUUGGACGGACGACAUGGAUAAGAAACUCAUGAUCCAUGUGUUAAGUCGGUCGGAAAUCACCCUUCGAUACGAUUGGGCGGACGCUGUUAAGAACGAGUUUCCUGACUUGUCGGUGAAACAGCUUGAGAAUCGAUGGAAUAAGAAGCUCAAGAAUGCGUUAUUCCCCCCGGAAGUCAUCAAGCUCAACAAAGCGGCCAAGGUGGCCGCGUUUAAACCAGGGAACGCGAAAGCCGAGGCUGAAGCUGCCGAUUAA